CAAACGUCCACCCACCCAACCUAGCCAGAAACUAGUAGUUUGGGUUUUGGAUCCUGCACUGAACUCAAAAAUGGUUGGAUAGUGGUCACUGGCAACGAUUCCGCAAAGAGCUUGAUUUCAGGGUUCACAAACCAGACGGAGAGGAUAAUUGAUCUCUUUCCCCGCGCCUUGCCGCUUGCACUGUCGAAAACCACGUCCUUCCUCUGUUGUCCUAGUUGACCGAGCACAGUACACGGCAAUUAUGGAGUACCAUGGCGACUGGAAGUCGUUGUCGGGGAUAGCAACGGCGUUGCUCGAUGGAAAUCCCAUAGCUAUUGCUCUCACGGCUCUGUUUGCCUUCGGACUGCCUGUGUUGCUUCAUAUGAUCUUCUACAGCCGGGUUGCCUCACCCCCGUCUUCCAACUUCCUCCUUCUCGGCCCUAGUGGCUCCGGCAAGACUGCUUUUGUAUCAUUGCUCGAAUCCAAAUCGUCCCAACUGGCCAAAAGGCUGUCUCGCACCACGCAUACCUCCCAAUCAUCUACACUGGCAACCGUGAGCCUCCCCGCCUCCGUCCAAACCGCCUCGAACCGAUAUCGGUCCGUCAACGAUUCGUCAUUGAAAGACAUCUCCCGGAAUCCAGUCAAAUACCGAGUGAAAGACACACCCGGCCAUGGGAAAUUGCGCGGGUCUCAGGGCCUGUCCCAGUUGGCGACCAUGUCAACAUCGAACGAUUCCAACAUGAAAGCACGCGGGGUCCUGUUCAUGGUCGACACCGCCGCUCUUUCGGACCCCGAAACUCUCCGUGACACCGCCUCAUACCUAUAUGAAGUUCUGUUCGUUCUUCAACGGCGUGCAUUGAAGAAAAAGAACAAAAACGUGGCCAAGGUCGCUGGCGAAGUCCCCGUCCUAGUGGCUGCCAAUAAGCAAGAUCUGUUCACUGCUCUCCCGCCGGGAUCGGUGCGUCAAUGCCUCGAGGCUGAAAUUGACCGGAUACGCAAGUCGAAGAGCAAGGGUCUCAUGGAUGCGAACACUGAUUUUGGCACGGGAGAGGAAGAGGACGAUAUCUUGGGCAGUAACGAUGUGAACGACACGUUCACUUUCGAUCUCCUCGGAGACGAGAUUGGCAUCAGCGUUGAUGUUGUCGGUGGUGCUGUGAAGGGGGAUGAGGAGGGUCACCUCGGAGCUGGGGUGAGAAAAUGGGAGGAGUGGAUUGGACAGUGUCUUUAGACAGACCUCCGAUGUAUUCUUGCUUGAUUAUCUCGUCUAGGGAAAUUGUGCAGCCCUACUAUGGAAGUCAAGGACUUCCAAAUCUAACAUGAUAACGCUUUACCUAUGCGUGCCGGCUAGCUAUGUAACAGUGGAAAUGGCAUAUAUCGAGGACCCGGAGACAGUGGUAUAUUGGAAUAUAAUAUCAUGACUCUUUUA